AGCGCAUCAGCAUAUCACUCUAGUACUAUGCUUGAAGGAGAGAACGUACAUCUCGGGAACAACUCGAUGCCCGCGAUGGCCAUCGCACUAGGUAGUGGAAGCAAUAAGUAAGCUAUAAAAGACAUCGUCGGUAACAGCGUCUUACCUCUAUUUAGGUUAGACAACGACACCGCCACAUACCCAUUUAUCGAUCUCUGGGGACUACCGGCUACUUCUACCAUGAGGAUCGAGGAGCCCUCUAAGCUGAUUCCUAGCGAUCUCGAUUGCCGCUAGUAUCUUCUACAGUACCGUGACAUAGCUCACAUAAUCUACCCCAGAUUCGUGGAUAUUGACCAAUUCGAAUCCGAUCUAACCCAACUUCUCAUUUAGCGGUCGAGUCUGGGCAUCGAAGCUCGUGGCGUCUACGGUGAUCAGACUAACGUGUACGGUAUGUCUAUGCACUGGCUUGGUCUUCUGUUUGCGUGCUUUGCAGCUAGGAGUCAAUGUUCUGAACUUCCGCGAAAGCAACGGCAGCUGACGUCCCAGUCGGCAGUAUGUUGCUUAUAUGAGUACCUUCGUAUCGUCAACUACCUUUCGCAUUCGACAACGGUAGAUAUUCAGACUCUACUGGUCUUAGGCAAUGUGAUCGCUAAUAAUAUAAACGCUGGUGUGGCAUGGUACCUGCUUGGCUGGCAUAAACACUUAGUCUCCAUCGAUUCAAGCAGAAGAUACACUCUAGUGAAGCCCUUUUGCGCGAAGAGGUCUGGCGAGCUAGAAAAAUAUCGAAGCCUAGAUUAUCAAGAUAGCGUCCUUUCCAUCACCUAUAACCGAGCCUCCUCGAGCUCUGUAGCGUCUAGUGAAACUCUUAGUAAAAUAUCGUAUCUGGAAUGUAUGAAGAGGCUUUCUAGGGUCGGAUUAGAGAUUGUCCGAGAGCGGUCCUUUUCUCUAAUCUUGCGGGAUGAACUAUCGCUUAUCAUUAAGCAUCGAGAUAAAUUAGAGGACAUAAUGAAACACGCCGUCCAUUACCCCCGAGAAGCUACCGAGUGCCGAUCGAUACAAUCCUACGUCGAGUACUGGAAUUUACGCCUUUAUGUCUCAUACAUGACCUCUGAGCUAUAUCGUCCAACCCCCAAGAAUCGAAAAGCGUAGUCAGAAACCAUAAACGAGUUCCGUGAGACGUGCGUUGCGAGUUUGGCGGAUACCAUUGAGGCUUUCCUUGGUCUUGAAACACUGACUUCAUUUGCGAAGACAUCAUAGGGCGCCAUAUAGAGGGCAUUGAGCUCCGCUCUUUUACUCGGGAUCUUAAGGCAACCACUGAAGAUCCGGCGCGUGUGGAUGUUACUUGAGAGAUUUGUGACAGUGAUGAAAGAGGUCAAGUCCGAUGUCAGCCCUUCGGAGCUCCCAGGCCCUGUUGCGAGAUCUAUGUCGGCAUUGGUCCGUUUGAUGAACCUCCAUGGCGGAGACCAAAGCCAAUAUCAACCCGACCUCCAGGCGGGAGAACACAACGACUUGGCAGGGCCAUGGUCGAUGUUCGAUGCGUCACAGAUUACAACAUCUUCAGGGUCUGGAACUCCCGAUGACACCUCGCCUUAUGCCGUCAGGGACCGGAUUCUUUAG